GCACAACGCCCUUGACGUCCUGCCAAACAAUGCUGCACAAGACUCAUGGCAAGGACACGUGUUGGAGCGAGCAGUCUCUGCUGCUCACAAAGCUCUUCUGCGACAUCAAGCAGUCACCGAAAUCAGUCAAGCUUGGAGAUCGGGCACCACCACCAUCCGCCCCCAACACCAACAUUCAACUCGCUUCCAUCCUCAACCCGCCCCCCGCCCUGCCUACCUCUCGAUCUCCAAGAG